UUAUUUUCCUGAUAUUUCUAGCAAUAGCAUUGGUACUGAUGGUAUUUUUGUUCACAUUCAUGUUCUGAGCAUAGGACAAGCUUUACUGACAGAGUUUCCGGAUGUAUACAUGUACAUGUAGAAUCACAUGUCAGUAAACUAGGAAGACAUGAAAUGACUGAUUUUGACAAAGAAUUACAUGUAAAUCAGUUUACAGUCAUGUAUUUCAACGAUGGAUCAGGUCAAUGCAUUGAUCAUUGCAACAGGAAGUAAUAUUGGCAUACCUCAUAGAAAUUGAAUGUUAAUACGCCAGUUACCAAGAUGCUUCGGGGUAUGGUUCUACAGAACUUUGUUCAUUUCGAAAAGAGAUUUGUCUUUGAUUUUUCCAAAACCAAAAAUGGCCCAAACAUUUUUGUUGGUGCAAGCUCAACGGGAAAAACGGCAGUCCUUGAACUAAUCAGAAGAUGUAUGGAUAGCAGACUCAACUCAUCUCUUACCAACAGAGCAAACUCAAAUGAAAGAGUAUACGUGUUCUGCGAAUUUUAUCUUGAUAUCGAUAAAUAUGGGCCAACUGUUAUAACAGGAAUGAUAGUAGAUGCCAAUACUGACAAUUACUCUAGUACAAUGCAAACUGACAAGGAAGUAAAAGCAAACCCUGAAGUGAAAUCAGAAGAUAUAGAAGAAAAAGGAAGAGAGAAUAAGCUUGACGAGAUGAGAGAACAGGGAGACGAACAGGAAAGUCAAAAGAAGAAAAUGAAAAAAGACAAUAAACCUGAAGAAAUGAGUGGAGAACAGGGAGAGGAGCAGGGAAGUCAAAAUAAGAAAGACAAAGAAAUGGACUGGGAUGAGGAGGGUACGAUGUUUCACAAAGUAAUUAUGUACACGUUAGGAGGAAAAAUAGAAUUUUGUUCUGAAACAUAUUUAGAGAGACGUGACGGUAAAAUUGUUAAUCUCGAAAAGAAUGUUAAACUUUCGCAAAUACUGGGUGACCUUAGAUCUAGCGGGUACAUAGAAACAAAUGAAAAUCAUAUCAGUAAGGGGAUCACAGAUCUCUUUAAUGAAGAUUUCGUUGUAAAAGUAUUAGGAGAAAUAGAAAUAAAGCAAAGAGAAAAUAAGACCUACCAUGUGCGUCAAGAUUUAUGGAGAAAAAUUGAAGAACAAUUUGUUGGAAUUUUACCCACGAGAGGACUAGGCACAAUUCAGUGGACAAAGAGUAAAUUGAUAGAAUCGGAAAAUAAAACAAAAAAUUACGAAGGCACUUGUCUUCAUGCAGAAAUUAUUACCGAACUUUUGGACAGCGACAUUAUAGAAAAAAAGAAAGAGCAAGAAAUAUUCAGUUUUUUAACAAAUCCCAGUAAAAUUGUCUUUAGGAAGGAAGCACCGAAUGCGAAUCGUAUAAAUUUAAUUCAGGUCAAAAAUGGAAUGAAUGAGUUUCCACUGCUCAAGACCUCAGUUGGGAUCAUAGAAGCAAAACAGUUUUCUCUCAUAAUGGCUCACAGGACACUAAAAACAAUUUGUUUAGAAGAACCCGAUCGCGGAAUGCAUCCUCAGAUGAUUGAACGUUUAAAAGAAGUGCUGCAUCACGAAAGUCGACACAAAACAAUCAUUGUUGUAACACACAGUCCAUAUCUUCUCGACUCCAUGUCGUUGAAAAACAUCUUUUUCUUUUCCAGGAUAUAUGAAGUCGCGUUUGACGUCGUUAAUAUAUAUGACAAACUUGAGAGCAAUAAAUAUUUGAAGAUUGUAAAAAUGGAAGACUUAAAAGCAAUUUUAUUUUCGUCAAAAGUUCUUUUUGUUGAAGGAAGCACUGACAAAAUUGUUCUGGAAGCAAUUUUUCGACAUUUGAUACAGCGGUCCUCAAAGACUUACGAAGAUAUUCUUCCAAUAUUGAGUCACGAGAUAUGUUCUAUGGGAGGGAAAGAGUUAAGAGAAAAUAUAUCAGAGUUCUGCAACAAAUUGAACAUAAAAUUUUGCCUAGUCUUGGAUAGGGACGCAGUUAUUGAAACAGAAGAGUCAACCAAGCGUAUUAAGAAAAUUCAACCUGGUUAUUCAAGUUAUAAAAGGUUUGAAGGAGGUCUCGUUUCGGAUUUUCUUGUUGACCCUAACGGUUUUGAAGCGCUUUCUACUGAUUUGGCAACAAAGGAAAAAACAUUUAUUUGGAGAGAUGGGGACCUAGAGGAUUUUCUCUUAAGUAGCAGGGAGAAUAAUUCUGAAAUUCUUAGGAUUUUUAAACCUGAUGCCAAAUUUACAACUGCAGAAGAUAAAGAAAAAUACAACAGGAUGAAAGCGACCAUCAAGAAAUCGUUGAAAAACGGUUGUUUUCGGGAAAAUCUAGAUGCCUUAGCUGAUAUUAUAACACAUUUUCCCGAAACUGAACGCUUGUGUUCUUUUUUGAAAGAUAUAUAACUAAAGAAAACAUUUACUUGUUUGAAAUACGUUUACAAAAAGAUGUGUUUAUACCAUUUUCACGCCCCAUGCAAAAUUAUUCAUUAUUAUUUGAAUGAAAUUAAUAUUAUGGACAUCUUAUUUUAUCUUCAAAUAUGUAAUAAAUAAUGCUUUUCAGUCAUCAUGGUCUUUAUUUUUUAAACUGAUAAUGUCAAUGAAACAUUCCUCUUUUCAUUAUAUUUAGGAAAAAUACCGAUUUUAGAAUAAUUUUAAUGCCGUAAACAUAUUGUGUAUAUACUAUCAUUAAUGUUAUUCUUUGGUGGGUGGUAUGAUUUGAAUUCAUAAAAAAACUUGCUUUCAUUGGCUUGUAUAUGGUGCUAACCUCUUGGCUUUUAUAUUGUUAGAUUCCUUUUUCAACAUAUAAAAAUCAUGAUUUAUGAGAAAUAUGAAUGCAUCGAAAUACAUAUUGAUGAAUAUUUUUGGCUAACCUGAGCGGUAAGCUUAAAUUAGUUAUUUUGAUCACUUUUAAUCCGGCGUCCGCUUGUCUGUUUGUCCGUCCGUCCAUCCGUAAACUGUUUACAUUUUCGACUUCUAACACCACUGGGUCGAUUUCAACUUAAUUUGUCAGGCUCUCAGUAAGGGAAGAUAAUUAAGAAUUAUUCAGAAAUUGUUGAUAUUUUUUAAAAUCUUCUUAAACACCAUCAGGUUUAUCAAUUGCUUGUAUAUAUCAUUUCAAACCAAACUCUCUAUGACUGAGUCUUUUUAAUGCAAAGUUCAGGACUAUAAUACAGAUAGAAACUUUGGCUUUUAAAAAGACUAAGAAUAAAUUAAGCACUGUCUUUUUCUAUUGCAAACAUUCUCUUGAUAAUACUUACAUGCCGAAAAAAACAGUUUUUCUCCGUGCAUAAAAGAAACAAUAUGACAGUGGAUUUGUUAUGCGAAUGUAUGAGAGUUUUUUUUUUAAAUUUUGAUGUUUAGAAAUUGUUUCAGCAUAAUUAUUUUAUCUAAGGUUUUUCUGAGAAAUUACAAUACCACAAACAAAGCUCUGUGAAGCUACCAACGUUUAGUUUAUUUAACAUUGUUUCAACUUGUAAAGGUAAUUUUGCUUAAAUUGUUAAUAUCAUUUAUGUUUCUAUUUUUACAUAUGUAAUUUCUAAACAAAAUGUUUAUCAUAUUUUGUAUAAAAAUGUAUUUACUCUGGUUUUCCUUUAAUUCAUUGCUAUAUUUUAAAUUUUUCUUCAGUUGUCAAAUACUUCUUCCAUUUAUAUCUCAUCUUCUACAAUGGUUUUCAUUAUAAAUAUGUUUCUUUAUUGAAAAAUACAGGACUCAUUA